GCAGAGCCAUCUAACAUUGUAGUUCUAGGAAUUUUGGUCAGUGUCGAGAAGAACACUCCGUUCGUUCUUACGUACGUUGGAAGUAAAAAUGAACGUGGUGGCAAAAUCGGCGAACAUGUCGCCGCUUUUAAAGUCGGCGACAACUGUUGUUUCCGUUGGACUCCGACCCACAGCUGGUAGUGGUAUUGUUUUGAAACGUAAAACUGUCGUUAAACCUACCGUCACCCUAAUGGUUAAUCACAGUAUUUCUGAUAAUCUUUUAUCUGGACCUUUACGUGUAAGCUCAGGAAUCACAGGUGCGACCCAAACAUUGCAAAAAAGAUUAGCUCAUACGGAUAUUCAAUGGCCUGAUUUUACACCAUAUCGUAUAGUAACAGAUCCAACAAGUAAAUCUAAAGAAAGUGCACCUGCACGAAAAACAUAUGCAUACAUUGCAUCUGCGGGCGCUGGAAUUUGCGGUGCAUAUAUGGCAAAGUCAGUUGUAAGUGGUUUAUUAAACUCCAUGAGUGCUUCCAAAGAUGUAUUAGCUAUGGCUAAAAUAGAGGUAGAUCUUCGAACCAUUCCCGAAGGAAAGAGUGCUGUGUUCAAAUGGCGUGGUAAACCUUUGUUUGUAAGACACAGGUCAGCAAGUGAAAUUCAAAAGGAAUCACAGGUAGAUGUUGCAUCUCUUCGGGACCCACAGUCUGAUGCAGAACGUGUAAAGCAACCAGAAUGGUUGGUUGUUAUUGGAGUAUGCACACAUUUAGGAUGUAUUCCAAUUGCAAAUUCUGGUGACUUUGGUGGUUACUAUUGUCCUUGCCAUGGAUCACAUUAUGAUGCUAGUGGAAGGAUUAGGAAAGGACCGGCACCUUUAAACUUGGAAGUUCCAGAGUAUGAGAUGACUGGUGAUAUAUUAGUUGUUGGUUAAUGUAUUACUGUUUGUAGUCAAAUGAUAAUACUAUUUAUAACAGAAUAUUUCUUUCACAUAUUUCAUUGAUUGUAAAUUCACAGAACAUGCAUUUUGUUUGUUCUGAGCUAUUGAGCUUAAGUAUUACCAACAGAAUGGAACUGUAUUGU